AAAUUCCAAAACCCACUUGUUAAAUUGUUAUCUUUCUUGCGAAAUCAAUCGGACCACAAAAAACCCAUUUUAUUGAAUUUCCCAAAUUCGUUUUUUGUUGUUUUCUGGGCUCCAAUCGUAGCCCCAAAAACCGCAAUAAUUAUCUUUGGAAUUUGAGGUGUGGUUAGAUAAGUUGAAAAUGCUGUGACCUUUAAAGCGAGAAAAGAGAGAUUUGGUUCCAGAAACUUGUUUUCUGAUCUGGGUUUCUCUUAGAAAAAUGUUCAAGCUUUCUUUGAUGGCUUCUCAUGGGUACCCCCCAGCUCCAGGGUUUGUGUUCCACCCUGAACUGGUUUCGGGCAGGGUCUCUAAGGUUAUUGCAGGAUUGUCCACCUUUUUGUCAUAUUCCUGGAUCGAGACAUGAUAUGAUAAGAUUAGAUACCCUUAAUAUGAGGCCACAUCAGUGUGAGGAGCCAUGGAAACCCAUAAGUGGAUUUUCAGAGACUACCCAACUUGUCAAGGUUGACUCAGCCAUUACAAGGCCUGUACUUAUCGAUGUGCAAGACACUCACCCAAACUCAGUACUGUUCAGCUUUGGGAUUGCUGAACAAUGCUCAAGACAUGAGAAAAUUAUGCAGUUCCUCAUGUCUGGGUCCAAUGAAGUAGAAGGAUGUGAACUGGAUAUGUCUAUGCUAUCUAGUUUAAUGGGGCCUCAAGCAUUGACAAGAAAUAAUCUAUAUGGUGCUGGGGUUCAGCCUUCCCUUAUUUACCACCCAAGUAAUGAAUUUUAUGCCCCACUGCCUCUCUUGGAGCUUAUUGGGGAUUUGGCCCGUAGAUCAAAGAUUGAACUUAACGCAGAUGGACAAGUCUCAUUCACAGGUGAUAGCACCAAGUUGAAGGAUAUACUUUUAGUUGUGGCUGAGCAUUACUUGUCAGAGAACUCAACUAAAUGGAGAAAACAGUCAAUGCUAAUCCCACACUUUAAUAGCAUCUCAACCAUUCUAUCGAACAGAUUGGAUUGCAUUGAAGCAAGGGCUAAUGUUCAUGAGUCUAGUACGGUGCUUGAAAACAUGAAAUUUGCUCCUCUAAAGAGUCCCGAGAAAAUCAAACUCAGGCCAUCACCGAAGAAGAAAACAAACAAGAAAGCAGUGAGAGAGAGGGAUCUUUACAAAAAGAACUACUUCCACGCAUGUGAGUGUCUUCUAUCAAUAAUGAUGGACAAGAAGCGCAAUGGGAAAACCGCUAUGCUUUCGCUCAAGAAAUCGGGUCCCGAAUUACCCCAGCUCCUGAUGCAGUUCUCUGCCAGCAUCGCUGGGACCGGGAUUGCUGUUCUUUUCUCUGUCAUCUGUAAGUUAGCUUAUAGUAGGGUACCUUUCUGUGCAUCCAGACUCUUUAGCACCGGUUUUGGGUUUGGACUGGUUUGGCUGUCUUCGGCAGUGAAUAGACUGAGGGACACAGUUGUUUACAUCAACAAAAAUUCGGGUAAAUUGAACCUGAAAGAAGAGGAAAUGAUGAGGAAGCUGGACAGAAGCGUGAAGGAAGUUUUCUUUAGAGCUGCAACAGUGAUGGCAGUGGCAGUGCUGAGGCUCGCAUGAUUUCACGGUGAAGGGUAUUUUGGGAAUACUGAGAUGCAAAGAACUAUCGAAUGCAAGUGUAAUGAUGGUUAGGGAGGUUCACCCGUAACUUGAGUGGGACUCCUGAGUUGAUUUGGUUUGAACAAUAAAGAUAUAUAGAGGGGAAAAUUGACUCCGAUUUUUUAACCAAUUCAAGAAUCCUGCCUCAAGUUUACAUGAGCUCUCUCUGAUCACCAGCUUAGUUAAAUUUUUUGCAGGUUAAUUUUGCUAACUGGGAUGUAUAUUUGAAUAGUAGUAGGAUUACUUUGUUGAUCUGAGAAACAAAAACUUGAAACACAUACAAACUAUAUUGGGUGUGAAAAUCGAAACACUUUAUUCUAGACAA